GUGACUUACGAUCGAUCAUCGAAGUGUGUGCAUUGCAGAGAUUCGUUGUUUUUAUUGUUUCGGAAAAAACGAGCGGCCCGUUUGGGCCGCCCUAUUCUUUUAGCAUUUCUUCCUGCCUUUAUUUACACACCGUCGCGCAGAACAAUACGCUACAACUUCGGGUCGACCCAAUCCACUCGUGUGUAUUGUUUUAUUGUACUUCCUCGCCUUCCUUGAACAUUUUCCCUACAGACUCAAAAAAGGCGUCAUAAUCUUCUAUCUUGUUCGACUCGGCUCUUCUGUGAUCUUCUACCACUCAUGGCACCAUGCUCUCCUAGGAUACCAAGUCCUACUUGGCUUCUCGGGAUGACGGACGACGAACUCGCCGCUUUUGAGGCACAUAUCAUCGCAGUCUGUGCAGAACACAGGGGACGUCACUGGCGGGACUUUGACUACCGCGCCUGUGUGACCGUCGAAUCCAAGAAAUUAAAGUACUUCAUCAAGUUCGACAUCCCCAGGACUCUCUGGCCUGAAUUCUCCACACAGUCGUACAUCUAUGACUGUGCCAAGAGUCUUUGCAAUGGGCCACGCGUUCCCCAAGCUCUACACUACUUCGAAAACCAAGGGAAAGCAUACCUCGUAAUGGAACACAUCUGGCUUAGGGACGAAUCCCCUCCAGAUCUCGUUGAGAAGACGGCAGAGGCCCUUAAUUGGCUUUCGGAGGUCCCACCUCCUUCCGAAGAUUUGAUAGGUCCAAUAGGGGGCGGUCUUAUUCAUCAUCGUUUUUUCAAGGACAAUAGAGCGCCUCUAGCUUUUUCGAGUGUCGGUGCGUUGGAGCGUUAUAUGAACAAAGGUCGCAAGCUUCUCCCGGGCUUGGCUACAGAAGUAAAACCAAUCGUAAUCACCAAUGACCCAUUGAUCUUCACUCAGUCCGACAUGCACGUCAGCAACUUUGGCGUCGACCAGUGUGGCAACAUGGUCUUGUUUGACUUUGGCGAUAUAGGGCGAUUACCUCUGUCGUUUGCAAAGUACACCAUGGGAUCGCAUGGAAAUGGUAGCUUCAUCGCGCGGGUCGCCAAUUUACUGCGUUGGCCGAACUUGGACAACUCCAAUAUGUUCUCGAUGGCCAGUGUCUCUAGUUAUCUAUGGAUGAAGGCCAACCCGGCACUAGGCCUGGACGAGGAUGGAUGGCCCCAAUCGAAGAAGGUGAAGCCUCAGACGUAGGGGACAGGUUACGAUGCAUGUAUAUGAACACCGUCGUACCAGACCAUGUCUAGUAGCCUAUACUUGUUGGAGAACCGGAACGCGUAACUAAUUUAGAAAGUAAGAUGGACCCGCACCCCCGAGUCUCCGCAAUCGAUUUCUUACGCCCUUGUGUUCUGGGUCCCG